CGGCGCGGGGCGGCCGCUGCGUGGAGGGGUGCGCCGCGGCGCGCCAGUCUCGUGCCGGUAGUCGGUAGUGCAGCCGAGCGACUCCGGGAGCCGUCCCCGCCGCGUCGUCGCUCGCUCGUAGUCGUAGUGCGCCGCCCGGCCCGCCCCGCGCCGUCGGCGUCCAAGCCCAUGGAUACCCAGAAUCAGGAUGUGGCCAGAAGCCCCGCUGAGGUGCCCAACGACCCGGGGAAGAUGUUCGUCGGAGGCCUCAGCUGGCAGACUAGUCCAGAGAGUCUUCGAGACUACUUUAGCAAAUUCGGCGAAAUCACAGAAGUUAUGGUUAUGAAAGAUCCCACGACGAGGCGGUCGAGGGGCUUUGGUUUCAUCACAUUCGGCGACCCAGCUAGCGUAGACAAAGUAUUAGCUCAAGCAACACACGAAUUAGAUGGCAAAAAGAUUGACCCCAAAGUGGCGUUCCCCAGGAGAGCACACCCAAAGAUGGUCACCAGGACAAAGAAGAUUUUUGUAGGCGGGCUAUCGGCACCCACAACGCUUGAAGACGUAAAGAAUUACUUCGAACAAUUCGGACCGAUCGAGGACGCCAUGCUAAUGUUCGACAAACAAACCAAUAGGCACAGAGGAUUCGGAUUCGUCACGUUUCAAAGUGAAGACAUAGUAGAUAAAGUGUGCGAAAUACAUUUUCACGAAAUCAACAAUAAAAUGGUGGAAUGCAAAAAAGCACAACCGAAAGAAGUCAUGCUCCCAGCUAAUUUGGCCAAGACGAGAGCCGCUGGCCGCGGCGCGUACGAUUUCAUGUGGUCAUUGGGUGCUCUUCCUGAUGGGUUUCCAGCAGCGUACGCCGCCUACGCGGCAGGACGUAGCUAUUCGGGCUAUCCUAGCUUCGGGCUGCCAUACCCUGCAGGUGUAGUGGGAGUAAUACCACCGGAAAGUCGUCUGUUGGUCGGUGCGGAGUACGUAAACGCGGGCGUGCUCGGCCAGAGCUCGUAGAGGCGCGCGCGCCGCCGCCGCUCGCCCGCCUGGGCCACGCCACGCCUUUACACCUCUCUUACACGGAACACCCGCUAAACGGCUCCCGGAAAUUCUUACGAACAUAAAUAAAUCUUUUCUCAAGCGAAAUAGCUCUUUGAUAUUACCGCCCCACGUUCCCCUCUCGAAUCAAGGAAUGCAAUGUCGCAAAAACAAAUGUUUUUGUAAAGUAAGGCUCGAUUUCGCAGAUGCGUGUCACAAUCGCCCGACUAGGUUUGCCCAUAUAGCACGAUACAAUUUGCUCAGAUGAAACAAUAUUAUAAUAUUGAAUCAGUUCUAAUAUCACUGAGUUGCGGUAUCCCUCAGGAAGUAAUUCCAAUAUUUUUAAAUUAAAUACGUAAAUUAAUUAGGUGUCGUUCAUAAUGCACAAGUCUUUCAUGAUUGUAUUGAUAUAUAUUAAUAUGUAACCCAUGUGUCAAAUUCUUUAUAUUAAUAAUUAAGUCUACUUUAUAUUCAUAAGUUUUAUAAUAGUACUUAUUGUUCUUAUCGCUGUUCCGACAUAUCGUCUUAUAUCAUUAUUCGUAAGUUUAUGAUAUUGUGAAGCCGCUAUAUUUUAAAAUAAAGGAAAUUGCCGUUGUAUAAGCAAAACGUUUUAUCGUUUAUUGUCCAAUUUAUCGUUUAUGAAUGGAGGUCGAUCAGUGCCUCAUAUAUUUACCAACACAUAUCGAUUGCGACCAAAAUAAACUGGAAGAGAUAGUGUGUUACCGUGGAGUUGGCUAGCGUGCGGUGAACUGUGUUUAUACGUCAAGUAAGCAGUAGGCCGUCACUUUGACUUCAAACGUAAUUUAACGUUGACGUUCGUUUUUCUGACUCAUCCAAUGCGGCACAUGCAGCGUGGUGCCCGCGGCGCGGCCCUGCCCAGCAAGCCGGUAAGCGAGCAUGUGGAGCGUUCAGGUCGGCCGGCGCGCGCGACCGCCGCCGCAUCGCCAACAUUCCUUACAUUCAACACGCUCGCCCUCAGAAUGCAGCCCGCGAACCAGACAUACCCACACAACUAUUUUGCAUAGUUCGAUCCUCACUUGCACUCUUAUCCGAACCGUUAACGUUUAAACCCCAACAAAUCGCGCUCCGUAUCAUCCCUACUGUCCGUUCCAAAUGAUAUCGAGUUAAAUUAACAGCUCGUCCCACAACAAGUCCAAAACAAAAGUAAGGAAGCGACAUUACGACAAAUUAGCGCCUUGAAACGAAAUUCCUUGAAGGGUCACACGGCCGUCGGUUCGAAUCCAAGUAAUUAGCUGGCGAGGCGGCGAGUGGCCGCGCGUCGCGAACUGUGCCAACUCCAUUUGUAAUUUAAGAUAUUUGACCGUUAAUUGUGUUAGUAACUGUUACGUUUAGUGCUUGUUGCUUAGGUCGGAGCUGAGUGCGACCACGUUCCGUACUAACCUCUACAGCACUUGUUUAGAUACUCAUGUAACCUAGAUGAUAGUGUACCUGUAUAGCGCUCAGCGGGCCCUCGCUGACUUAGCAAUACGAGUGCUGUGUUUGGAUGGGUCAGAAAUUUUAUUUGUUUGUUUUAUUUACUCUAGAUAGAUUUUGUUUUAUGGAUGCCAAUAGAUUUUGACUAUAAAUGCGCUAGUCUAGCGAGCUCCAUCGUCCAUAAAUUUUUAUUGUAGAAUUCCACUGAAUUGGAGUGUGUCCGUGAGUCCAUAAUGGGCACUAUUAGCAUACUAAUCUCUUCUAGUUAGUGUCGUAUUGAGCGCACAAAUCCUGCGCAAUGUGCUCGCUGUACGCACAGUAAGUCCCUUCUCCCCUGCACGGAGCACGCUGCGUGCGUUAGCUGCCCGCUCUGAUACGUAAUAGCCUAUAGUCCGUGUCUGCAUUCACCAACGAGCCGAUACACUCUCUAAACUGCUCCGGACGGGGAUAAGGGAUUUACAUACACACAAUUUGUGUAAAUACCUACCUAGUACCUACCCCUACCUACCUACGCACUGUGUGUGCGAACAAACAGUUUGUGAUUACCAAGAGAACAGCAGUUCGUCAAAGGAGUGUGACGUCCUCUACAUCUCUAGGGCGAGUAACUUUGAUUUUGAACAUUACAGUUUGAUCACUAUCGUUGAAACUUUAGAAUAGUGUAAUCAUAUGUGUAACAUUUGGAAGAUUUGAAUUCAAGUAAAGACUGAAGUGUGGUAGACAUUUCAUAGUGUGUCGGAAUUAAGAAGUAAAUUAGCAGACUGUAGUCGAAGUGUUAAUAGACUAGAUUAGAUUAUAAGAUUUAGACUAAACAGAGGCAAUACCGCGUAGGCUCCGUAGAACAUUCGUGUAACAAAUGUUUUAUAAAAUAGUCUAAAAUCCCGAUAGCCUAGUCUAGCUGAAUUAAAAAUUAUUUCGGGCGAUUUUUAUUACUUAUUGUAUAUUAGAGGAGCUUCAAAUUAGUGUCGACUUACAAGGUUUCUGUGAAAAGAAUAAAGAAUAACUUUAAAGCUGGAAAAUUAAAUUGCUUUUUCUUUGUACAAAAGGUAGCAAUGUAAGCGACUAGAAUAGUAAUUGGUGGUAUAAGAAAAUAUUGUGAUUGGUGGUGCAAACUUUCUUUAGAUGUAUUUAUUGUUGUUUAGCUUUAAGACUUGAUCUAGAAUAGUAUUAUUGUAAUUUUGUCA